AUGGCCGAGACCAACGGCAACGGCGCCGCGGGCAGCGUGACGGUGCCACUGAUGCUCCACGGGCGCGUGGCGAUCGUGACGGGCGGCACUGGCGGCAUCGGCUCAGCCAUGUCGAAGCAUCUGGCGGCCCUGGGCGCGUGCGUGGCGGUGGCCUACGUCGGGGACCCGGCGCCGGCCAAGGACCUUGUGUCCGGCAUCAACGCCGUGCACGACGGCGACACGCCAUGGGCCAUCGCCGUGGAGGCGGACAUGUCGGACGCGGCGCAGGUGCGGGUGCUAUUCGACGCGGCGGCGGCGGCAUUCGGCGGGGAGCUGCACGUGCUCGUCACAACAGCGGCGGUGCUGGACUACUCGUACCCGGCGCUGGCGGAGACGAGCGAGGUGACAUACGAUGCUGCAUUCGGUGUUAAUGCGCGGGGCACCUUCCUAUGCCUCCGGUUGGCGGCCAACCAGCUGGCGCGCAAUGGGCGGGGCUGCAUCGUCACCUUCUCGUUGUCGAGGGUAAGGUCGCUACGGCCGGGCUACGCGGCGUAUGCGGCCAGCAAGGCGGCGGUGGAGACGAUGACGAGGAUCCUGGUGGAGGAGCUGGCUGAUAACUUCAUCACCGCCAACGCCGUGGCGCCGGGGUCGACGGCCACCCCGAUGUUCUACAACGGCAAGACGGAGGAGGAGGCGGAGCGGCACAUCACCGAGGCGCCGCUGGGGCGGCUCGGGCUGCCGGAGGACAUCGCGCCGCUCGUCGGCUUCCUCGUCAGCGACGCCGGCGGGUGGGUCAACGCCCUGGUGCUGCGCUGCAACGGCGGCACCAUCUAG